AUGACGGAUCCCAUCUUGCCUAAAGCUGGAGAGCGCAAUAUCCUCAUCACUAGCGCUUUGCCCUAUGUGAACAAUGUCCCUCAUCUGGGCAACGUCGUGGGCUCCGUGCUGAGUGCCGAUGUCUUUGCUCGAUACCACAAGGCCUGUGGUCGGCCCACACUGUAUAUCUGCGGUACGGACGAAUAUGGAACAGCAACCGAGACUAAGGCACUGGAGGAGAAGAUGUCGCCGUCGGAUCUAUGUGCCAAAUACAACAAGAUUCACCAAGAUGUCUACGAAUGGUUCAACAUUGGCUUCGACCACUUCGGUCGCACACCCACAGAGAAGCACACAGAGAUCUCCCAGUCUAUCUUCAAGCGCCUGUACGAUAACGGUUUCCUUGGCGAGCGCACCGCUGAACAGCCCUACUGCGAGACACACGGCUCAUUCUUGGCCGACCGCUUCGUAGAGGGUGAGUGUCCCCGCUGCCACUACGACGAUGCCCGCGGAGACCAGUGCGACAAGUGUGGUCAUCUCCUCGAUCCCUUUGAUCUCAUCAACCCUCGCUGCAAGCUCGACGGCGCUGCCCCGGUCCGCCGUGAGACGAAACACAUUCACAUCCUGCUCGACAAGCUCCAACCGGAGAUUGAGAAAUGGGUCCACCCCGCUAUCGAGAAGGGUAACUGGCCCAAGAACUCGCGCAUUAUUACCGAGUCGUGGCUGAAGGAGGGCUUGAAGGAGCGUGGUAUCACCCGUGACCUGAAGUGGGGUGUUCCUGUCCCGCUGGAUGGGUAUGAGAACAAGGUUCUCUAUGUGUGGUUCGAAGCUUGCAUUGGCUACCCUUCCAUCACAGCAAACUACACCGAUGAGUGGGAGAAGUGGUGGCGCAACCCUGAGGACGUCCAGUUGUGGCAGUUCCUGGGCAAGGAUAACGUUCCUUUCCACAGCGUCAUCUUCCCCGGCACACAGCUCGCCACAAGAGAUAAGUGGACCAUGCUUCACCACCUCAGCACCACUGAGUACCUCAACUAUGAAGGUGGCAAGUUCAGCAAGUCACGCGGUGUCGGCGUGUUCGGCACCAACGCUCGCGAAACCGGCGUAUCCGCCGACGUGUGGCGUUACUUCUUGUUGAAGAACCGCCCGGAGACUGGCGAUACGCAAUUCGAGUGGGGACCAUUCGUUGAUAGCAACAACAGCGAACUUCUCGCCAAACUCGGUAACCUCGUCAACCGUGUCAUCAAGCUCGUUGCCGCCUCCUACGGCUCCGUCGUUCCGGAGUUCACCGUGCCGGAGACUUUCAACCCAUUCUUGGAGGAAGUCACCGGCCACCUGCGCCAGUACCACGAAGAGUUGGAGGGUGCGCACCUGCGGGCCGGAGUGCAGACCGCCAUGCGCAUCGCCGAGGCCGGUAACGGACUGAUCCAGGCCAACCGACUGGACAAUGCCCUCAUUUCAAAUGAGCCUGAGCGCGCAGCCGCUGUUGUCGGCACUGUGCUCAACCUCAUUCACCUGCUAUCCAGCGUGUUCUCGCCGUACAUGCCAGCUACAUCGAAGUCGAUUCUGGAGCAGUUGAACGCCCCCUUCUUGUAUAUUCCCAGCCUGGAGGAGAUCAAGGAUGGCUGGAAGCCUACCUCCAUCAAGGCUGGCCACAAGAUUGGCAAGGCUGCUUAUCUGUUCUCUCGCAUUGACCCCAAGAAGGCCGAUGAGUGGCGUGAGAUGUUCGGUGGCUCGCAAGCAGACCGCAAGAAGAAGGAAGAGGAUGCUGCCAAGCUCGCAGCGAAGAAGGCUGCGGCCAAGGCCAAGAAGAAGGAGAAGAAGGAGAAGGGCCGCGCUGGUGCCGGUGCCGGUGCCGAGGGUGGUGUUGAGGGCUCUGCCAAGGGUGGUGCCGAGAAGAUCUCUGUUACUACCGAGGGCAAGAACGACGAGGCUGUUGAGAAGAUUGCCGAUGGAGUUGCGCAGGUUACUCUGCCUACCUCGUAG